AUGAGCAACGUCAUAACCCAAAACUGGCCUCCAAAGCCUACCUUUACCGAAAAGGAACUGGGCGACAUCUCCGGAAAGGUCGUCAUUGUCACCGGCGGAUACUCAGGCGUAGGCUACCAGCUCUCCAAGAUCCUCUACGCCGCAAACGCAACCGUGUACAUUGCCGGCCGCCGCGAGCAAGUCGGGCUGGACGCGAUCAAGGCCAUCAAGGCGGCUCAUCCCGACUCCAAGGGACGGCUCGAGUUCCUGCAGCUCGACCUGGCCGACUUGUCCACCAUCAAAGCCAGCGCAGAGGCGUUCCUCGCCAAGGAGAGCAGACUCGAUGUCCUUUGGAACAAUGCAGGAGUCAUGAGUGUGCCCAAGGGCGACUCUGGUCUCACGAAGCAGGGCCACGAAUCGAUGGUCGGAGUCAAUUGUCUCGGCCCCUUCCUCUUCACAAAGCUCCUCCACCCUCUGCUUGAAUCAACAGCCAAGUCUUCACCGCCGGGAAGUGUCCGCGUCGUCUGGCUGGGAUCCAUCAUGAUCCAGCUGAUGGCGCCCAAAUAUGGCAUGGACGUUGACAACUUCGACUUCAAGAAGAGCAAGCCCAUGCUCACUACCCGAUACUCAAUCAGCAAGGCUGGCAACCUCUUUAUCGGUAGCGAGUGGGCCAAGAAGGAUGCCAAGAACGGCAUCUUGCAUCUGACUGUGAAUCCCGGCAACCUCAGGACGCCUCUCCAGCGCGGCAUGUCCGUGUUCGAGAAAUAUGCAAUCACUUGGCUUCUCCACGAACCCAUCUACGGUGCCUACUCAGAACUAUUCGCGGGCCUGUCGCCCGACGUCAGACCCGAGGACAGCGGGCGGUUCAUCAUUCCCUGGGGCCGGUUCGGCACGACACGCCCAGACAUUGACGCAGGAGGCUUGGUUUCCCAGAAUGGAGAGCCUUCGAGGGCGGCCAAGUUCUUCGAGUACUGCGAGGAGCAGACAAAGGCUUACGCGUAA